CCCGGAAUAUCAUGGCGGCCGGAGGGGCUGGCGUGGAUGUGGGGAUGGCCGCGUCCCGGUUGCAGAGCUGGGAACGAGAAAGCGCGGCCAGAGAGGCGGCGGAAGGAGUAAAAGCUGGGACUUGUACCAUCUUAGAUGUUGUAGAAAAUUUAGGAUUCCCUCUUGAGAAUGCAGACCCUCAGAUGCGUACCCGAGGCAUCCAGAUGCUCUCUGAAGUCCUCCUACAGUGCUACUCUCUACUCCAGGAGCAGGAAGUGACCCACCUAGUUUUGUUCUAUGAGAACCGUCUGAAAGAUCAUCACAUUGUCAUUCCUGCUGUGUUGCAAGGACUCAAAGCUCUGAGUAUGUGUGCAACGUUGGCUCCAGGCCUGGCAGUAUCUGUUCUUAAAGCCAUCUUCCAGGAGGUUCACGUCCAGUCUUUGCUGCAACUGGAUCGCCAUUCAGUCUACAGUAUCAUCACUAACUUUAUGAGCAGCCGAGAGGCAGAGCUGAAAGGUUUGGGUGCUGAUUUCACCUUUGGCUUCAUCCAGGCAAUGGAUGGGGAGAAGGACCCUCGCAACCUACUACUAGCCUUCCAGAUUGUACGAGACAUCAUUGAAAAGGGCUAUGCACUAGGGCCAUUUGCAGAAGAGCUGUUUGAGGUGACUUCUUGCUACUUCCCCAUUGACUUUACACCUCCCCCCAAUGAUCCUCAUGGAAUCCAGAGAGGAGACUUAAUUAUCAGCCUGCGGGCAGUGCUGACUUCCACCCCUGUUUUUGCUGAGUUCCUGCUCCCAUUGCUCAUUGAGAAAAUGGACUCUGAUGUACAAAGUGCCAAGCUGGACUCCUUGCAAACCCUGACUGCGGCCUGCAAGAUCUAUGGACAGAAAGAGCUGAAGGAAUUCCUGCCCAGUCUCUGGUCAUCCCUACGCAGGGAGGUGUUCCAGACAGCAAGUGAAAAGAUUGAAGCAGAAGGUCUGGCUGCUUUGCAUGCUUUGUCAACAUGUCUGUCCCGCUUGGUGCUCAGUUCUGAUGAUGAGGAUCUUUUGGAUUCCUUUCUUAGAGAUGUUCUGCAAGAUUGCAGACACCAUCUCUGUGAGCCUGACAUGAAGCUGGUGUGGCCAAGUGCCAAGCUCUUACAAGCAGCUGCAGGUGCCUCUUUGCGAGCCUAUUAUCAGAUCACAAGCAGUGUACUUCCCUUGCUGGUGGAACAGUACACCAAACAUGUGCAGAGUAGCCAGCACAGGACAAUCUUGGAGGUGCUACUUGGUUUCUUGGAGCUGCGGCAGAAGUGGGGUUCUGAGGAAGAAGAUAAGACUCCACUGCUUUGCUUUAAAGAUUCUCUGUGUUCCAUGGUGUUCUCCGCACUUAAUGAACCCAAUGUGCAGCUUCAGUUAGUUGGGAUCCGAGCUCUGACCUUCUUAGGAUCACUGCAAGGGCUCCUGGUCCCCCCAGAUGUAGAAAAACUUGUGGAUCACCUUGCACAGUUCAUCCUGCAUGAGGAGGAUUCCCAGACCAGCUUAGCAGCUAUGGAGGCUGCUGGCACCCUGGCUCCUCUCUAUCCAGAAGUCUUCAGCAGGUGCUUGGUUCAGAAGCUUUCAGAAGGGCUGCAUCCAGAACGUCAAGAGGUCAGCAGUCCUUCAAAGCAGGAAUGUUGCCUGCAGGCCCUCGCAGCAGUGUCCACCCACCCUAGUAUAGCGAGAGAGACUGUUCCCAUCCUCUUGCAGCAUCUCCAACAGGUUCAGAAUGGAAGCAUACCAGCGGAUAUCCAUUCUGUGGUGUCUGUGUGCCAGAGCCUGCAGCAGGUGGCAUUGCAUUGCCAGCAAGAUGCUCAGAGCUACUGGUAUUUUCACCAGACGGUGGUGCCCUGCUUGAUGGGCUUAGCAGUAGAGGCUGCUAUGCAAGAGAAUUCCAACACAGUGGUAAGCAAAUUGCUGCUGAAGGAGGAAGCCCUAUCAGCCAUGGUACUGGUCAUCAGCGCUGCCUGUACGCACUUAAGCCCAGAGCUGGCUGCCCAGAGUGUCUCCAAAGUGGUAUCCCUCUUCCUAGAUGGAGAGCUCUCCUUCUUACCUGGAAGCAACUUUGCUAGCACUUUCCAGCCCUUCCAGGAUGGGCAAUGUCCCAUGACAGUUCACAGAAGACUCGUUGCUCUCCUUAUGGCUUUUGUCUGUUCACUGCCAAGAAAAAUUUCAAUUCCUCAGCAGGACCGAUUGCUAUGUGAGCUGCUAGCCCUGAGCUGUUCAUGUGACUGUCCCUUCACUGCCACUUCUGCUGCCAAAUGCUUUGCAGGCCUGAUUAACAAGUAUCCAGCAGGGCCUGAAUUGGAUCACCUCUUGGGAAUAGCAAUGAAUAAGCUGGAACAAGGUCUGAAUGAGGGCCCCUAUCAAAGCCAGGCCCUCACUCUGCUGCUGUGGGUGAGCAAGGCCUUGUUACAACGCUACCACCCACUAACCAAACAACUGACUGACAAGCUACUCAUGCUUUUGGGGGACACAUCCCUUGGCCCUACAGUGAGUGAUGGCUUUGCCUUGCUUCUGGCGGACUCCCCGGAUGUGCUGGGCAGGAGCUGCCAUGCUGAGGUGCGCCUCAUGUUCCGUCAGCGUUUCUUCACAGAAUGUGUGCCACAGUUGGUACAGGGUUUCCACACAGCUGCUCCUGGUGUGAAAGCAAAUUAUCUGAAGGGCCUUUCUCACAUACUGAACCACCUGCCCAAGCCAGUGCUAGUGACAGAGCUGCCUACGUUGCUGCCUCUGUUGGUGGAAGCACUAUCAUGUUCUGACUGUGUAGUUCAGCUGUCAACUUUGCACUGUCUGCAGCCGUUAUUGCUGGAGGCACCCCACAUAAUGAGUCUGCAUAUUGACACCCUUGUAGGGAAAUUUCUUGGUCUGACUGACAGCCCUGCCAUGGCAAUCCGCAUUGCUGCACUUCAGUGCCUCCAUGCACUUGCCUCCUUGCCCACACCAGUGGUAAUCCCCUAUAGGCCACGGGUAAUUAAGGCACUAGCCAAGCCUUUGGAUGAUAAGAAGCGUCUGGUGAGGAAGGAAGCUGUGGCAGCACGAGGAGAAUGGUUUCUGCUUGGAACACCUGGCAGGUGAAGGUUCACAUGGCAAAUCCUGACAAUCUCACCUGCCGAGCCAUCUGCCUUGAUGAUGAUCCUAGGGCUUAGAUUUCCUUACAAAGUGGCAAGGCACUAGGCAAAAGUGAAGGACUUCUUUUUGUGGCAGCACUGCCCUUUUUGUGGGCUGGCAGAAUCCUAACCACAGCAUCCUUAUUUGGUAAGACGAAACAUCCAGCCCUAAUUCCUGCUGCAGAGCAGUAGUGUGUGGAACUGGCAGGAGUCCUGUACACCAAGUGUGCGGGGCCAGAAGAAUAAAUAACUUGUUUGCUAACCA